UCGUUUUUUUUAAAAGGUAUUUCCCUUAGAACUAGCCAAAGUGAAAGAUUGAAAUAUUAAGGAAAAAAAAGUAACCGGAAGUUUAACUCGCUUCGCGUAAGUCUAACGCGUUCCUAUUUCCGCCGGCGUUUGAGGACCUACUCCGCUGUGGUGAAGAGACCAUGGCAAAGUUCCUGGCCCCGGUGAUUCAGGAUAACCCCUCAGGAUGGGGUCCCUGUGCUGUUCCUGAGAAAUUUAAGGACAUGCCGUACCAGCCGUUCAGCAAAGGGGACCGUCUCGGCAAGGUGGCAGACUGGACUGGAGCAACCUACCAGGAUAAAAGAUACACAAAUAAAUAUUCAUCCCAGUUCGGAGGAGGAAGUCAGUAUGCUUAUUUCCACGAGGAGGAUGAAGCUAGCUUCCAGCUGGUGGACACAGCCAAAACCCAGAAAUCGGCCUACCAGAGGAACCGCAUGCGCUUCGCCCAGAGGAACCUACGCAGGGAUAAGGACCGCAGGAAUCUCACGCAGUUCAACCUGCAGACUCUCCCGAAGAGUGCCAAGCAGAAAGAAAGAGAUCGCAUGCGCCUGCAGAAGAAAUUCCAGAAGCAGUUUGGAGUGCGUCAGAAGUGGGACCAGAAGUCACAGGCCCAGCUAAAGCCCAGGGAUUCAUCAGUGGAGGUGCGCAGUGACUGGGAGGUGAAGGAAGAGAUGGACUUCCCUCGCCUCAUGAAGAUGAGAUACAUGGAGGUGGCUGAUCCUUCAGACAUUGAGUGCUGUGGUGCCCUGGAAUACUACGAUAAAGCAUUCGAUCGCAUCACCACCCGCAAUGAGAAACCUCUAAAGAGCAUUAAAAGGAUCUUCCACACCGUCACCACCACCGACGACCCCGUCAUCCGAAAGCUGGCUAAGACUCAGGGUAAUGUCUUUGCCACCGAUGCCAUCCUGGCCACGCUGAUGUGCUGCACACGCUCAGUGAACUCCUGGGACAUCAUCGUGCAGCGCGUCGGAAACAAGCUCUUCUUCGACAAGAGAGACAACUCUGAUUUUGAUCUGCUCACCGUCAGCGAAACAGCAAACGAACCUCCUCAGGACGAAGGCAACUCCCUGAACUCUCCUCGAAACCUGGCCAUGGAGGCCACAUACAUCAACCACAAUUUCAGCCAGCAGUGCCUGCGCAUGGGAGGAGAGAGGCACAAGUUCCCUAAUCCGAACCCGUUCAUAGAGGAGGAUAUGGAUAAGAGUGAAGUGGCAUCUGUAGCAUACAGGUACCGAAGGUGGAAACUUGGAGAGGAUAUCGAUCUGAUUGUGCGCUGUGAGCAUGAUGGUGUGAUGACCGGAGCAAACGGAGAGCUCUCCUUCAUCAACAUCAAAGCUCUCAACGAGUGGGAUUCACGGUAUUGUAACGGAGUGGACUGGCGUCAGAAGCUGGACUCUCAGCGAGGAGCGGUGUUAGCCACCGAGCUGAAGAACAACAGCUACAAGCUGGCACGCUGGACCUGCUGCGCCCUGCUAGCCGGCUCAGAGUACCUUAAACUGGGUUAUGUGUCCCGCUACCACGUGAAGGACUCUGCGCGUCACGUGAUCUUGGGCACGCAGCAAUUCAAGCCUAACGAGUUUGCUAGCCAGAUCAACUUGAGCAUGGAGAACGCGUGGGGCAUUUUGCGCUGCGUCAUCGACAUCUGCCGCAAACUGGAUGAGGGCAAGUACCUCAUCCUCAAAGACCCCAACAAGCAAGUGAUCCGUAUCUACAGCCUCCCCGACGGAACCUUCAGCACCGACGAAGACGAGGAUGAGGAAGAAGAGGAUGAAGAUGAGGAUGACGAAGAUGAGGAGAACUGAAAAGCGGGAUAAAACCGGAGGAACGAGACCAAACAAGUCGACAUCGUCUCGGCUGCAUCUGUAAUCUGUAAUAACGCAGAAAAAGAUUCAUUAAACAAGGCUUAUUAAAUGAUCGAGCAAUAUUUUACUGUCUGUCUCUGCUUUCAUUGCAGCCCGGGUUGUGAGGUAGACAUUUAGGAAGCAGACUAAUUAUAUUAGCUUUGAAUAUUGUUGCAUGUCAUAUACCCACUGUCCACAUGAGGGCAAUGUGGGACCAGCUGUGGCGUAUAAAAUGGAAAUAACUGAUCGUUUCAGCUUUUUAGUAUAAAAUCCGGUUGUUCCUGUAAGCUACAGCGAGCCGUAAUUCUUUAUCACACAUUUUUAGUUAUUGCAUGCUAAAGAUUUAUGGAAUGCAAUCGUAUGCGUUUCCUGAGUCUUGACCAACCUGGAGAGGCGGAAAAUAAACCCAUCUCUGGAUGAACAGUUGCAGAUAUUUCUAAAUACUCAGAUCAUUAGACCUUUUAUUAGAAACAACCAGAAUGUUUUUUUUUUUUUUUUCUGUAAAAUAAAGCCUGCAAUAUGUUCUGUCCUGA